AUCCAAAGUGAUAUUGAUGCUUCUCUCUCCUCUCUCGUGAGUUAGGGUUUGAAUCAUGGAUCAAAUGGAUAUUGAAUCUUAGGGGGUGAGAUGAGCAUGAGAUUUCAGGGAUUUAGGGUGGAAUUAGAACGCCUUUGGUAUGAGGUUCCAUACCAAAAGUCCACAACCAAACAAUAAUAUGAGUUGAAUGGAUUUUAACUCAUUAUUCCAACCCAUUCCAAAAGGUCUAACCAAACAGGACCUUAGAAUGUGUUCUCGUGUUCGGUAGAAGCGUUUUAAGGUAAAGGUUGAGUAAAUUUUAUCAAAAGCUCAAAAUAUUAAGGUAGCAUGUAACUUUUGAUAAAAUUAUGUUAAAGUUUAAAAUAAUUUAGGAAAAAUUACUUUUAAUAAUCCAACCUUUUAGCCAUUAGCCAAAAUUAAUCCAACAUUUUGAUUAUUUUUGAUUAAUCCAAGCUUUAUACCCCUUUAACCUUUGUUGCUCCAAAAAACUGGUAACCUGCUAAAAUGGUCAAAAAUAUCCGUUGACCUUUGGUUAUUGAUUUCCCUCCCAAAAACGUCUUCUUCAACGUCUUCUUCAAUACUCUCUCUCACCCUCCAUAUUCAAUACUCUCUUCAUUAACGUCCUUCUACCCACCAGCCAUAACUGCUUUCACCAUCUUCAACCUACAAUAGUACCAGCAAAGUUGACGCACGACUGUACUCGAUGACGUCGUCCUCCAUUUGAAGAAAAAAGCGAAGAGGCUCUGAAAAUCGCAUUAAAUUACCAAAAUUGAGGAUGGGUGUUGUGACGUUGAAAAUUUGGCAUGGUGGGAUCUUUAAGACUGUGAAUAAUGGCCAGUUAGUGUAUGAGGGUGGAAAGGGGAAGACUUGUCAAAUUGAUUCUGAUGUUUUGUGUUGGUGGGAUUUACUCGAUUUAGCAAAGAAAUGUGGGAAUUAUUCCACAAUUGAGGGGCUGUGUUAUUUGAUCCCUGGGCAACCUUUGGGUAAUGGGUUAAGGAAGGUUUAUGAUGAUGCUCAAGUGUUGGAAAUGACUGAGUUAGCUCUAAAGAUGAGGUGCAUUGAGGUUUAUGUGAAUCAUGGGGUUGCACUUCCAGAGAUGCAUAAAAAAGUAGAGAAGUUGCAGCCUAGAAGGGCCCCACAUCCACCUCAGCUAGAUUCUGUUAGAUGUAGUCCCAGGAACUGUGUGUCAAGUGCUGCAUCAUCCCAACAGAAAAGCACAGAAAAAGCCAAAAAAACACUAUCCACCCACAAAGAUGCUUCCCUCCCUUUGACUGGUCCCACAGAAACUCAAGACCCUAUGUUCAACCAUGAAUCUGUCCUUGAGAAAAGCAACAAUACAGUGCAAGAAAAACCCAUCCAACCACUUCAUUCCUCUACCAUUCCUGAUCCAAAACCAAACCAGAAAAAAACUAGGACUAAACUUUCUAAAACACAACCAUUCUCAUCUCCUAUUGAAUCUGAAGAGAACUUCCUGAAUGAUUAUGAAUGGGAAGAUCCUAGACCUAAUAGCCCUGUGGACCUGAAUGCUAAUUACUACAACAGUGAUACUGAGGAUGAUGAUGCAGAUCCUAUCUAUGACCCUUAUAUUGACAAGGGUAAGGCAGUAACAGUUGAUAAGGGUGGUGAUUGUGAUGGUGAUGUUGAUGGUGAUCAAUUCUGUGAUGAGUUCAGUGAUGAGUUCAGUGAGGAUGCAGGGGAUUCUAACCCAGAUCUAGAUGAAGAAGAGCCUGAAGAACAACUUGAAGAUGCUGCUUACCAGUCAGACUGCAGUGAUGAUGAGUACAGGAGUGCUAGAGAAAAAGUGAAGGAGUGCAAUCAGAGGUUAAUUGAUUUAGCUCUGCAAGUACAGAGAGAUAUUGAAGGAAAAGGAAUUAUUGUUCCCACUAAUGAUGUACCAGAAGUAGAUGGUGAUGGUGAUGGUUGUAUUAGUGAGUACGAAGAGAGUGAUGAUGAUGUACACACUCCUCCUGAUUCAGGUGAUGAGGAGCUGAGUUUUAGGGAUAGGAAGAAAAAGAGAGGUGUUUUAGUUGGUGCUGAUACAGACUUCAACACAUUUAAGUGGUCUGUUGGACAAAGAUUUCCUGAAAGAAAAGCAUUUAAGGAUGCAGUGGCCAUGUAUGGUGUGCUACAAGGUAGAAACAUAUACUUUGUUGUGAGUGACAGAAAUAGGCAGCAGAGGUUAGGUGUAAAGUGUGUGAAAGGGUGUCCAUUUUAUGUGUAUGCAUCUUGGGAUUCCAGAAGAGCAAUUCUUGUGGUUAGAAGAGUUAUAGGUGAGCAUAUUUGUCAUAGGAAUAUGAAGAAGAAUAGGCAAUUGAAGGCAAACUGGGUAGCUCAACAGUUCCUUGAAGUGUUCAAGGCGAGACCGCACUGGCCAGCCAGAGAAAUAAUGGAGUCAGUAAGGAGGGCCUUUAAGGUCUUGAUUAGUAGGAAUCUUGCUUAUAAAAUCAAGUAUGCAGCCCAUAAGAUGCUACAUGGAUCAAUGCAUGAGCAUUAUAAGAAGGUUGGUGGUUACAUUGAAGCUUUGAAGUCGACAAGCCCGGGAACAGAUAUUGAAUUGGUCACAGAUCCAACCAAACAAACUGUUCCACCUGUUUUCCAGAGGCUAUUCACAUGUUUUGAAGGGCUGCAAAAGGGGUGGAAAUUGGGAUGCAGAAAGGUGAUAUGUAUCGAUGCUUGUUUUUUGAAAACUUUCCUAGGUGGUCAGUUGUUGGUUGCUGUUGGUCGAGAUGGGAACGAUCAGAUGUAUCCAAUUGCCUGGGCAGUUGCUGAGGGUGAGAACAACAAUUCCUGGGAAUGGUUCAUGAUCAAGCUUCAAAAGUGUUUAGACCUAGAUGAUGGUGAAGGCAUUGCUGUGAUUUCAGAUGAACAUGUUGCUAUAAUCAAUGCUGUGGCUUCAGUUCUCCCCAAGGCGGAACACCGACAUUGUGCGAGGCAUAUUUUUGCUCACUGGCACAAAUCAUUCAAAGGGGAUCAAAUGAAGCUGCUAUUUUGGAAAAUAGCAAAGGCAUACAACCUAGCUGAUUUCAAUGAUGCAGUAGAGGAGAUGAAUGCCAUUAAUGAGGACGCCGUCACUGCAUUCAAGUCUUACAACCCUAAGCUAUUCUGUAGAGCUUACUUGGACAUCUCUAUGAAGACUGAUGCAAUCACAAGCAAUAUGGCAGAAACAUUCAAUGGCCAUAUCAUUAAUGCUAGGACUAAGGAUUUGAUAUACAUGUUGGAGGACAUCAGGAUUUCCUUGAUGCAGAGGCUGGUUGUCAAGCGGCAAGCGAUGCAGAAAUCAACUUCUACAGUGUGCCAAAGAAUUCAGGUGAAGCUUGAUCAGGAGAAGGCCAAAGCUGCCAAUUGUGAUGUGAUUCCAUCAACUGACACUUUGUUCAAUGUCAACUACUAUUUGGAUCAGUUGGUAGUUGACUUGGAAGCAAAGACAUGCAGUUGUAGAAAGUGGAACAUGCUCGGUUAUCCUUGCUGCCAUGCCGUUGCGUGCAUAUACUUCCUCAACAAAGAAGCUGAAGAUUUUGUAGAAGAUUGCUAUAAAAGGGAAACAUACUUGAAGGCCUAUGCAGGUUCAAUACCACCCAUAGAUGGUGAAAGGUAUUGGCCGAGGGUAGAGUAUGGUUUAGAUCCCCCUCCCAUCAAAAUUGGGCCAGGGAGGCCUAGAGUAAACAGGAGAAAGGAUCCAAUGGAGGAUCCCAAGAAGCCGGGAACCUUGCAAAGAACCGGCAUGGAAAUGACAUGUAGUAUAUAUCAUGUUAAAGGCCACAACAAAAGACGGUGCCCCAACAAAGACACUCCCUCUGCCCCAACUGAACCACCACCAAAGAGGUCUAGAGGUAGACCAAGGAAGGAUGGGCAACCUCCUAUCUCUCACUCACAAGUGGCACAAUCAUCAACUGCUCACCACAAUGCAACUGCACAACCCACCCAACUUGGACGAGGCGGUAGGAUGUGCAGAGGUGGAGCAGGUUCAAGGGGAGGGAGGACAACAUCAAGGGGGGGGAGGACAACAUCAGGUAGAGGAUCAAGGGGAGGCAGGGCACCUUCAGGAAGAGGAAGGGGAAGAGACCAAGUGAGUUUUCAGUUUCAUUGUUGUACUCGGGUUUUGCAUUUACCAUUUGUGAUGACUUUUGUUCUGAAAUGGUUGGUUCUGUUCAGAUAUUUAUCUGAAUUUUGCUUUCUGAAAUGGUUGGUUCUGUCCAGGUUCCAAUUGGUGUUGGGGUGUAUUUUGCACCAGAUGGUUCAGCACACACCAAUCAAGGUGGCAGUUCUAGGCAUGUCAAUGACCAAGCAAGCCAAUCAAGCCAAGUCUCUACACUGCACCAAGCAACUCAGUAGGAACUUCAACAAAAAAAUUUUUUGGUUUCCAGUAGAACUGUUUAUGUAUGUCAUUAGACAGUAGCAAGAUAGUGGUGUUUAUGCAUUUUCAGUUUACGUAUCCACUAAGUCGUAUUUUGGAUUUUGUCAACAUUGUCCCAUAUAACAUUGUCCCGUAAAUUAUGCCGUGUUUUGAAUUGUAUUGAUGAUAAUGAUUCUCAAAUAUAUA